GGAAGAAGUAUACAUCCACUCACUACUGCGGAGGUUGCGUUGCUGUAAAUGCUUCAUGGCCACUGCAGACGUCGGAUUGAACAUACAUCUGGUUUUACUGCUUCGCUGCACUGAUAGCGCUGCUGUAAUCAGUCUGGUAUUUUAUAGGCUACCCUUACUGGGCCUUCUGGACUCUCGACGUGGAUGUUGUACCAAGUGGCUCUCGGGUAGAGGUAGACGAUAACAGACAUCAGGAUUCUUGGUGAAUAGGGUGUUGAACUUUUUAUUGACUAAUAGAUCAGGUAAAAUCUUAUCCAGGAUCUUUCUUAUGUAAGAUUAGCCUAAAUUAAACGUUUAUUUGUCACAACUUAAAUCCAGUUUUGAUAUUUAAAAGGACGUUUGAUUGCUCUGGUCUAGCUGUGACAAAGAAAGUAACUGUAGUGUAGGCUAGCUUCAGAUUUACUAUUGACGUUUUUUUAUUUGAAGAAACGCUGAAGAAAAAAUAGCUUACAAGAUGGAUCGGGUGUUAGCAUCCUCCAAAAUUUCGAAAGGUGAGGGGACAUUCGGCCCGUAUCUUGAGAGGGUGGAGCUCCUCCUUCCAGCAUCUCUUCAGCUCUCCUAACACGGAUGAACCCAGAACUAAAUCGAGGGGCUGAUUUGUUCAACUCCAAUGAAUGCUCAAUCAAAGGUUCUGAACAUAAAACAUUUGGAAAAAAAUAUACCACUUCCAUUUGAAAAAUUUGCCAAAGUGAAAAAAACAAGACAUUUCAGUAAAGUAGUGAACAAUUACACACUUCAGGAGAAAGGAGAUAUUAUAAGGAUGCACCAAUCAGAGAUUUAGAAUAUAGUAAUCAAAUGUUUGGUCUAAUGAUAUUCUAUGUACAAUACUUCCUGUGGUCACCAGGACAGAGCUAGCCCGUCCCCCUCCACCCUGCUGGAGUCCCCUGGUCACAACUCUCCCGGUAGCGCCUUACUGCUGGGUCUGAAGAGGGUGUCUGUGUGGCUGGUCGACUGCAGGAAAACACCAGGGCAGAGUGGAACUGUGAGAGAAGGACACGAGGAGGGAGGUGGAGAUUUGAUUUCAUCAAGGGACACCCCUAACCGUCUUUCUCUCAGUGGGAGGGGCUUAUCAUCUGGGAAGCCUCAACCACAUGAUGUUGCUGACGAGACAGAGAAGAGUCUCUCCAGAUCAGAACAUCUCAAGAAACUCCAACAGAGACGAAUAGGGAAGAAACCUCACCACUGCUGCUCUGACUGUGGGAAGAGUUUCACUAGCCGGAGUGGCUUCAUUAUUCACCAGCGUAUUCACACAGGGGAGAGGCCUUACCCCUGCCUUGAAUGUGGGAAAAGCUUUGCUUAUUUGGGAGCCUUAAACAUACACAAGCUAACACACACUGGAGAAAAGCCUUACAGCUGUGAUCAGUGUGGGAAGAGCUUUGCUGUAUCAAAAGCCCUAACUAUACACCAGUGCAUACACACAGGAGAGAACCCUUAUAGCUGUGGUCAGUGUGGGAAGAGCUUUGCUGUAUCAGAAAAACUAACUAGACACCAGCGCAUACACACAGGAGAGAAGCCUUAUAGCUGUGAUCAGUGUGGGAAGAGCUUCAAUCAAUCAGGGACCCUAAAUUCACACCAGCGAACACACACAGGAGAGAAGCCUUAUAGCUGUGAUCAGUGUGGGAAGAGCUUUGCUGUAGCUUCCACACUGACUACACACCAGCGAACACACACUGGAGAGCGAACUUAUGUCUGUCUAUGUGGGAAGAGCUUUGCUCUAGCUUCCACCCUGACUACACACCAGCGAACACACACUGGAGAGAAGCCUUAUAGCUGUGAUCAGUGUGGAAAGAGCUUUGCUGUAUCAAAAGUCCUAACCAUACACCAGCGCAUACAUACAGGAGAGAACCCUUAUAGCUGUGAUCAGUGUGGAAAGAGCUUUGCUGUAGCUUCCUCCCUGACUAGACACCAGGUAACACACACAGGAGAGAAGCCUUAUAGCUGUGGUCAGUGUGGCAAAAGCUUUGCUCUAGCUUACACAUUGACUAGACACCAGCUAACACACACUGGAGAGAAGCCUUAUAGCUGUGAUCAGUGUGGAAAGCGCUUCAAUCAUUCAGGCAACCUGACCACACACCAGCUAACACACACUGGAGUGAGGCCUUUUAGCUGUGAUCAGUGUGGGAAGAGCUUUGCUUUAGCUUCCACCCUGAAUAGACACCAGGUAACACACACUGGAGAGAGACCUUACAGCUGUGAUCAGUGUGGGAAGAGCUUUGCUGUAGCUUCCAUCCUGAAUAGACACCAGCUAACACACACUGGAGUGAAGCCUUAUAGCUGUGAUCAUUGUGGAAAGAGCUUUGCUCAAUCAGGGAACCUGAAUUCACACCAGCGAACACACACUAGAGAGAACUAUGUCUGUCUAUGUGGAAAGCGCUUUGCUCAUUUAGGGCCAAUGAAAAAACACCAGAAAGCAAAAAUGUGCUGUAUUUCAUCUCCCACCUAUCCGGCACCAGUUCCAGAUCCCUAAAUAAAGGAUCAAUAGAAAACAUCUAGUGAACAGUCAUAUCCAUCUCCCUUUCUUAAACAGUUGACUUAGUCUGAUCACCAUGGUAACCUCUGAGGAUCAUAAUAUGCAGCUCUGAUCUAGGAUCAGGUCUCCCCUGUGUCUAUGUAAUAUCACACAUUGAUCUAAAUGGAUAAAUGUUAUCACAGAAAAUGUCAUAGUAAAGCCGUGUGUGUGGUGGGGAUGUUGAUAAUUGUAUCUUUCAUAUACUCAUGAUACUAUUAUUAUUAAAUGUCAUUAUGUAGAAUGUUUCAACAAUGUGCAUAUUCAUGUAUUCAAUUAAUCAAUAAAUGCAAUCCAUUAUCUGAUA